AUGAGGCCUACUAACGCUUGGAAAGAAUCCUUUGCAGCAAUUGUUGAUGGUGAUGAAGUGAAAGCAGGAAAACCAUCUCCUGAAAUAUUCUUGGAAGCAAGUAAGAGGCUAAACAUUGACCCUUCUAAAUGUCUUGUCAUUGAAGAUUCACUACCAGGUAUUGCAGCUGCCAAAGCUGCUAAUAUGGAGGUGGUGGUUGUACCAUCACUUCCAAAGCAGUCAUAUCUUUACACUGAUGCUGACGCGGUGAUCACUUCACUUCUUGACCUACAUCCUGAAAAGUGGGGCCUCACCCCAUUUGAAGAUUGGAUAGAUGGUACUUUACCCUUAGAACCUUGGUAUAUUGGUGGUCCUGUCAUCAAGGGUUAUGGCCGUGGCUCGAAGGAACCAUGGUUGCUUCAUAAGUUUGAUAAAGAUUUCUAUGGUGAAGAAUUACAUCUUCUUGUUGUUGGCUAUAUCCGGCCCGUGGUACUCUCCGAACUAAAUUCAUCUUGUUACUCUGCUACUGUUACUGAUACUGAUGGAAUGAUGGCAGGCAAACUUCCCAUCACUUGA